UCCAGUCUCCUGCCUUCCCCUCUGGGGAGACCUACUUUUUCAGGUUCUCCACCACCUGCCUUCUGACUCUUUCACUUAUUCAACAAAAAUGUAUUGAGUGCCUAGUAAUGUGGCAGGCGCUGUUCUGAGGCCUGGGGUCCAGUUGUCCAACUGCCUCUAGAACUCUCGCCCUCCGUUCUCAGCUUCUAUUUCCCUUGGACUCGUCUUGUCCUUGGUCUGUGUCAGGGCACCAUCUCUCCUUCCCGGCUCCUUGGAGCAGUGGGUUCCCCGAGUGUCUGCCUCGCACAGCUCUGCCUCGCUGUGCCCAGCUAAGACUCCCUCCCCCUCCUUUCUCCCCCAAACCUUGGCCCAUGGCCGGGCGACACCACGAGUUAUUUCCCUGCUAUUUCCCGGCCGGGAGCUCUUGGCCCCUGAACAACUGGUUUCCUCUUGGAGUCUGGGAGGAGCAGACCGGAGCCGGCAGGGAGUGCACCCGAACCAGGGGGACGCCGAGGGCAGGGGACGCCUGGCAGGGGAGACGCGCAGGGGCGGGGCAGAGACUGCGAGAGGACCCGGGCUGCCGGAGCCCCCGUGCCAGCGCCAUGAGACCGCUCGUCGCCCUGCUGCUCCUGGGCCUGGCGGCCGGCUCGCCCCCGCUGGACGACAACAAGAUCCCCAGCCUGUGCCCGGGGCACCCCGGCCUUCCCGGCACGCCGGGCCACCACGGCAGCCAGGGCCUGCCCGGCCGCGACGGCCGCGACGGCCGCGACGGCGCGCCCGGGGUUCCGGGAGAGAAAGGCGAGGGCGGGAGUCCGGGGCUGCCGGGGCCCCGGGGGGAGCCCGGGCCACGAGGAGAGACGGGACCCGUGGGAGCCACCGGGCCUGCAGGCGAGUGCUCGGUGCCUCCGCGCUCCGCCUUCAGCGCCAAGCGCUCCGAGAGCCGAGUGCCUCCGCCGUCCGACGCGCCCCUACCCUUCGACCGCGUGCUGGUGAACGAGCAGGGACAUUACGACGCCACCACCGGCAAGUUCACCUGCCAGGUGCCGGGGGUCUACUACUUCGCGGUCCACGCCACCGUCUACCGGGCUAGCCUGCAGUUCGAUCUGGUCAAGAAUGGCGAGUCCAUCGCCUCUUUCUUCCAGUUUUUUGGGGGGUGGCCCAAACCAGCCUCGCUCUCGGGGGGCGCCAUGGUGAGGCUGGAGCCAGAGGACCAGGUGUGGGUGCAGGUGGGCGUGGGCGAUUACAUUGGCAUCUAUGCCAGCAUCAAGACAGAUAGCACCUUCUCGGGAUUUCUGGUGUAUUCUGACUGGCACAACUCCCCUGUCUUUGCUUGAUGCCCACUGGAAAGUGAGCAGUGUGACACUCACAGCCACAUCGUCCCGGGAGGGCUGGCCCCCCCCCUUGGGAUGUUGUGAACGACUCCAGUCCUGCUGCUGGCAGAGAAUGGGGACAGAGGCUGUCUGAGAUCAGGGCUGGCAGUGAGGGGCAGUGGCUGGAUUUCUGCCCAAAACCAAAGGAGCGCUCUGUGCUGGCAGGUGUGGGUCCCCCAGUUGCUCUGGCCCAGGAUCCCAGAGGUGGGGUGCCCUCUUCCUGGUGUUCUGCUUCUCUGGGUCCUCCCUUGUCCCUCCUAUUCCUGGGCCCUUUUCUCAGAGA